CUACUAUAUAACAAAUAAUUUGAGCGGUGUGGACGGUAGCACUCGCUGUAACAUUCACCAGCAAUGACUACCACUUCAGAAGAUUCUGGCGACCUAAAAACUGGUUACGAGCCGGUUGGAGACAAUAUAGAAUUGGAAAGCGCAGGCGGUGAUGAUGACGAUAUUACAGCCGUCAGAAGACAGAUGAGGUACCCGAUCCUCAAGGACCCGAACUGGGUACUAUCCUUCUUACUAGGAUUACAACAGUACCUAGUGAUGUGGGGUUCAACGUUUGGGAUUUCUGUGGUGCUGGCUCCCAGCCUUUGUAUUGACAGUAACUUAGCAGCAAAGGGGCAGCUUCUGAACACUAUGUUUACUAUGUGUGGCCUCACUACAAUGAUACAGGUAUUCUUCGGAACUCGGUUACCCAUCAUUCAAAGUGGAUCGUGGAUAUUCUUCCCGGUAGCUGCUGGCAUCCUCUCCAAGAGUCCUUGUCAGGAAGUUUACCACGUGACUGACGAAAAUGGAAAUAACACGACCCAGACGUGGGAUCCGAACUGGCACACAAGGAUGGCUGAGCUCCAGGGUAACCUGAUGGUAGCCAGUUUGGCACAGAUGAUAAUUGGAGGGUUUGGACUUGUAGGCCUGCUCCUAAAGUUUGUUGGACCAGUUACCAUCUCCGUGAUGAUCGCACUAAUUGGUCUUAAUUUGGCUGUAGUCGCGGAGUUUCAGACUAGUCAAAAUUGGGGGAUUUCCCUGUUGAUGGUAGUGUUGGUGACGCUGUUUUCAGAGUAUCUCAAGAAUGUUCCAAUGCCUUUACCUUAUGUCUCGUAUUCUCGAGAGGAAGGAUUAAAUUAUGGAGUGACCUGGCUAAAGCUGUUCUCAACUUUGUCGGUAAUAAUAUCUCUAACAAUAGUGUGGGUCUUGUGUGGAAUCCUCACCGCUACCGGUACUUUUCAAGAAGGCAACAAGGCUAGGAUCGGAGACGUGUCUAGUAAUCUCAAUGAUGCAACUUGGUUCUAUUUCCCCUAUCCAGGACAGUUUGGAACUCCGAUAGUUAACGUGGGAGGGUUUGUGGGAUUUCUGGCGGCAAUCUUAGCGGGUGCUAUUGAGAGUAUCGGGGAUUAUUUCGCCUGCGCUAAAUUGGCUGGUGCCCCUCCCCCGCCCAAGUACGCUCUAAACAGAGGAAUAUUAUUAGAAGGUGUCGGAUGUUUCCUAGCAGGGCUCUGUGGUCCUGGGCUGGGUGUUACAAGUUACAGUGAGAAUAUAGGUGCUAUCGGCCUUACUAAGGUUGGGAGUAGACGGGUGAUUAUCUGCAGUGCAAUCCUCAUGCUAGCCAUGGGAACUGUAGGAAAGAUCGGAGUGCUGUUAGCCUCCAUACCCUCACCCAUAAUAGGUGGCAUGUACAUGGUGAUGUUCGGAAUUGUUACUGCUGUGGGCAUUUCUAAUCUUAGGUUUGUUGACUUGACAUCAUCACGAAAUGUUUUCAUUAUCGGAGUGUCAAUCUAUUUCGGGGUAGUUGUACCAAUGUGGACCAGCAAAAUAGUGAAUGAUCCUGAAGCAGCAAAAGCAAUCCAAACGGGUAACGAUGAGUUUGACCAACUAGUCCGGGUGAUAUGCGCCUCUGGCAUGAUAGUAGGGGCUGCAAUCGCCUGUUUCCUUGAUAACACUAUACCCGGAACUAAGAAAGAACGAGGACUAACCAGCUACGAGUUCUGUGCGAGUUCAGAAACUGACAAGGGCCUGGUGAACAAGAUAUACCGUGAACCGGUCAUGGAGUACCUUGCUGGAAAACUACCAAUUCUGAGGAAGCUUCCUUUUGUUCCAAACUAAGCAAGUUUCGUUCAAGACUCAGAAUUGAAAAAAGCUUAACAAAUUGAAAUUUUAUUAGGGUUUAGGACGAUUGUAUUUGUAUGUUGUGUGACUCGCGACAAUUAGUGUUAAAAAAUAAACAGUUGUGGUUCACCAACAGGAUCAAUACCUAUGAAUGUGUCUUCUUUUAAAUUAUUAUACGGUAAAUUGAAAUCUUUAUCAAUGUUUGUGUUUCUUGAAGUUGGGUGGACCAAGUGCAUAAUAUGUCAAUAUCUUUCAUAAUUGAUAAUAUGUAAUCUGUAUCCCACGUACCCUCCAGAAUAUAAUGAUUCAUUUGAUUAGGUAACGUUCACAUUCUAUUUUAUAUCCGUGAGCCAUUUUAUGCAUUUUAUGUAUUAUAUAUAUAGCGUACAUUAUGCAUAUAUAUAGCGUACAUUAUGCAUAUUGUGUUCAUUUCGACAUUUCACGUUAGCGUAAGCAAGCUUCCACUUUUCAAACUUCUUCCCCCUGUAAUAUGCAAAGAACUACUUAUGACUAUGCUAUGAGCAAUUGACACCUACUACACUCGCUGAUUACAUUGUAGAUAACCUUUCGUUUAAUUUAUAAAAAAAACUUUCAAUGUUUUUGGGUAUAACUAGGUUUUAUUUAUUCCAUGAC